GGCGGCCAUGGCGUCCGGCGGGGUCGGCGUGAGCGCUGCAGCCGGGGCCGCCUAUGCCACGGACAUGCCGGACAACGUGUGCGACUGGCUUCGGGGCGUCUACCGCUUCGCCACUGACAGGAACGACUUCCGGAGGAACUUGAUCCUGAAUUUGGGACUUUUCGCUGCUGGAGUUUGGCUGGCCAGGAACUUGAGCGACAUUGAUUUAAUGGCACCUCAGCCUGGGGUGUAACCCAGAGGCACAAGGAAUCCCUGUAGAACCUUCCAAAGACAGCUCUAAUCUGGCUUUCCUGAUGGCAGCUGAUGUGAUCCAGAGGGACCUUCCCAGUUUCCUCCUCUUCCCACGAGUCCACUCAGAACUCCAUCCUCUUGGCAGCAUUCAGGCUUCAGUCGCGGUGAUAUCCUGUUUUGUGAAGUUCUGUAAUGGUCCCCAAGUUUCUGGAGGGGUGCACUUUGACCUUAUGUAUGGUAUUUAAACAAUAUUUGAAAU